AUGGCUAGAGCAUUGGUAGAAAAAGAGAACAAACUGACAAAUCACGGUGAUAGGAGUGAACUUGAUUGCGUAGCUUAUACAAAUACAGCGGAGGUGGGCGUAUAUUUUGAGGUCAUAGGUCACUUUGAUUUAGAUAUUAAAAAUAUCGCGACUCUGGGUUCAUGUUGUCGAAUUCGUGAUUGUCCUCGUCAUAUUGUUUCCCUAUUUUAUCAAAAAAAUUCUAGUGAUCUUUUUCGACCACCAGGUUGUGAAAAUAUUCGCACAGGAUAUGCAGUUGCUUGGCCUGAUGACUUGUCUACAGAAAUAAAGGGGCAUCGUGAGUGUGAUG